GGUCCGGGGAGAGCGGAUAUAGUGAAUGCAGGGUCCGGGGAGAGCGGAUAUAGUGAAUGCAGGGUCCGGGGGGAGACCAGAUAUAGUGAAUGCAGGGUCCGGGGAGACCAGAUAUAGUGAAUGCAGGAUAUAGUGAAUGCCGGGGAGAGCGGAUAUAGUGAAUGCAGGGUCCGGGGAGACCGGAUAUAGUGAAUGCAGGGUCCGGGGAGACCGGAUAUAGUGAAUGCAGGGGUCCGGGGAGAGCGGAUAUAGUGAAUGCGGGGUCUGGGGAGACCGGAUAUAGUGAAUGCAGGGUCCGGGGAGAG